AUCAAAACAUCCUCCUUCACCACCGUGCUGUGCGAUGCAGCAGCUACUGAAUCCGUUCGCACAAAAGUACCCCGAGGCAGUCGACUGCACCCUCUCCUCCCAAGCGACGUCGGUACGCUUCAACCCCUCCGGCCCAUAUGCUGGGCACUACCUUGCGGCGGGGGGCAGCGAUGGCCUAGUGGAGGUUUGGGAUGUGGAGACGCGCGGAAUCGUGCGCCAGCUUGAGGGGCAUGUCAAGGCCGUAGGAGGGCUGAGCUGGUCGCGCAACAACCGCUUCCUUCUCUCCACGUCUUUGGACGGCACGGCUAUUAUCUGGGAUCUCGCCCCGCUCUCGCCUCUUCUCCGGCAGCGAGUGGGCGCGACCUGGCCGCGCAAAAGGACAUUACGGUUCGAUGCUCCGCUGUCCACUGGCGCGUUCCACCCGCGCAAUGCCGGUAUCAUUCUCCUGACCCUUGCAUGUAACGAGGUGGUGCUCGUUGAUUUGCGGGGACAAGCACCCAGUGAAGGGGGCCAGCGCUGGGUGCUGGAAGACGUGAUGGAGGGCGAGGGGGAUGGUGAAGAGGAAGGCGAGCCGGCGAAGAAGAGGCAAGCACUCACAUGUGCGGCGUGGUCGCCAUGCGGCUCCAGGAUAUACGCGGGCACGAAUGGGGGCAUGGUGCUCGUCAUCGAUCCGGUGUCCCGCCUCGUACAGAGUCGCAUCAAGGUCGGCACGAGCGGGAUCAAGCAGCUGGCGUUCGAUGGAGCAGGCCGCAAUCUCAUUCUGAACUCGACUGAUCGCGCUCUCCGUGUUCUGACGGUCUCUCCGCAGACAGGCGCUCUCGCCCCCAUUCACCGCUUCCAAGACCUCGUGAAUCGUACCCCCUGGCACGCCGUCGGCUUCUCGGGUGAUGGCGAGUACGUUUUCGGCGGGGCGGGGCACAAGAUGAGCCACAACGUAUUUGUGUGGGACCGCGAAGCCGGCGCACUCGUCAAGGUGUUAGAGGGGCCGAAGGAGAGCUUGAUGGAUGCGGAUUGGCACCCCACGCGACCAAUCAUUGCCACAGUCGAAAACUCUGGCGACGUGCAUAUUUGGCAGACUUCCUCGCCAGACAACUGGGCGGCUUUUGCGCCAGGCUUCGAGGAACUGGAGGAGAAUGUCGAGUACGACGAGCGAGAAGACGAGUUUGACAUUGAAGACGAAGAUGACGCGGCGCGCAAGAUGAACGAAGCAGAGGACGAGGUCAUUGACGUUCUCUCUCCCGCGGACGACUUUCCUCGGCGCCCCGAGCCUGCCCUCGGCGCCGCCGGGGCGGCUGAGCACGACGAGGAGGACGAGGCCGCACGAGCAGCACGCUUGGUCCGCGCCGCGGCGGAGUGGGCCGACGCACAACCAGAUGACGAUGGGUGGGAGGGGUUUUACCUCUCCAUUGACCUUCUCGAGGAGCCGAUCGAGAACGAAUAGAGCCAACAUACGCGACUGGUGAUGGAGGAUGUAGGCUAAUGUGGUGCCAAAAUCAUAUGUAUGACUAUGAGCUCCUCUA